AUGGAGAAAUACCAAGAGGAGUGGAAUAAAUAUGCGAGAAGACAGCAGAGCGAUGGACAAAAACUAUACUGCCUAACGCUCAUUGGUACACAGAUAAGUCAAAUGACGGAAGACCUAACGCAAUUAGACAAGCUAGAAUACGUGAUCGCGAAAGGAGAAAAGCCCGUAUUCAAGACCAAAUUAAUGCGACUUAGGAUAGCGGAAUGGUUGAGUGAAACGUUUUCAGCAAGUCCUGA